UUUUGAGCCGUUAUGAAAUCGGCAAAAAGCUUGGUGAGGGAUCAUACGGCGCCGUCUUCGAAGGGAUUCGCUUGAAGGAUGGCCUCAAGGUGGCACUGAAAUUUGCCUUGAAGACGGAUGCUAUGGAAUAUAUCAACAUUCCUGGUCAUCCUACGCCCCUUCCGUUAGAGGUUGCCCUAACGAUGCUUGCUAACAAGGGCCCCAGCAUUCCACAGAUAGUUCAGCUGCUGGAGUGGCAGGACCAGCUCGGCUUCUACAUUAUGGUCUUGGAACGCCCCUCACCCUGCGAGGAUCUGUUUGAUUUCCUGGAGCACCACGGAGGCGUCCUCAGUGAGGACUUAGCGCGGCUUGUCAUGUGGCAGGUAGUACAGGCUGCUCACACGUGCUGUCGCCGUGGAGUGCUCCACCGGGAUAUAAAACUGGAGAACCUGCUGAUCAACAAGGACACCCUUGAAGUCAAACUUAUUGACUUCGGGUGCGGGGACCUCCUAAAAACCUCUGCUUAUGAGACAUUUUGGGGCACAGAACUGUACUGCCCUCCUGAGUUUGAAAAGAGAGGCAAGUACCAUGGGAAACCCGCAACUGUAUGGUCUCUGGGAGUGCUCUUGUUUGAGUUGGUGUGCGGAGACCCUCCAGAGAGCAAAGACCUGGACAUUAUUGAGGCGGGCAUCUGGUCUAAACCUGGCUUGUCAAAAGAUUGCUGCCAUUUGAUUCAAUCCUGCCUGCAGCGGAAGCCAAACCACCGGCUUGGUUUGAGGAAAAUGAUUCUCCAAGACUGGUUUAAGGUCACCAAAUAAGACAUGGCAAGGGGAGAAUGUACAGUAAAUAGUACAAAUGAAAUGUAUAUUUUAUUAGCACUAUUUACCACAUCAGUUCAAG